AGUCGACGGACAACGGGAGUAGAGGACGAGCAGAUGGCGUCGCCAAGGCAAACUUGGGUGAUUAAGAAAACUAUCAGGAGAGAAAGACUGAAGGAAACCACGAAGAAGGCCUGGUCAACAGGAUGCACCCAUGUCCUGGACCGAGCAACAUUGCUGACAACAACUGGUCACUCUAGAUCUCGGCCGAAGACCGCAUCACAGAAAGUCGACGAACCAAAAAAAUGUCCAGUCAUAUUGACCAGACCUGUGACCGCGCACGCGCAGAAGGAAAGGGCGACGGCGUGGCAACUACUUCUUCCCACAGACUUUACCAGGUCAGUGUCAAUUGGUAUCUAUGAAGACUUAAAAGACAGGGUCAAGGAGGAUCGAUUUCCUUGUUAA